CUAUCAGCUUUGAGCAAAAUUAGUAUCUUGUAUUGGCCAAACAGACAAGCGAGCGAAGGCCUUUUUGUUGUCGUUUCUGGCAAUGAUUUAGGUCUUCAUCAAGUGUUAUUAAGCUAGGCAUAAAGUUUUACCCAUCGCUGGACAUGGAUAUCCUGGACAUCGAUGAGGCACUAAAGGAUGAUUCAUAUAUAUUUCUGGCGGAUAAGACCCACGACGAUGUCUCCAACAUAUUGCAGCAGUGGAAGACGAACAAUCAGCCGCCGUUGCAGCAAUUGCACUUGCAGUACAACAACGAGGGUAAGCCUUUUCCACACAUACCGAUGCACCCGAUCACAAACAUACACACAUGUGCAGCACAUCAUGCAGUUGCGCUUUCUAAAUCAAAUUUGGGUUAAACUGGCGGCUACGUUGACAAAGUUCAAGUCGCAUGUGGGCAGCAUUACUUGGCCAGUAGUUACCGUUGUCUUUCAAAGUGGCCGAUUGCCAUAAUUGGCAACAGCGCCAAUGUUAUUGUUACGGUAAUUAAUCAAGUCUCAAUACGCACACACACACACGCGUUCCCAUUGCAAACAGCUGUGCGUGGUACGGCAAUAAUAUUGAAGGAAAAAAACUGGCUAUGCUAAUAUGGCAAGAAUCUCGCAUUAUACGCAAACAUUAUUAUAUAAAUCCAAUUUACUUCCUGCCCAGCCAGCGAAAGUCAAUCAAGCAAUACGCAAAUAAACUAUUUGCGUACAAUUAAAUAAACAAUUACCACCGAACUAAAGACGAGGAUCAAAAAUCGAUUAGGCGAUUUAAUUUGAGUGAAAUAUUGUCAUGCUGAGCUAUUUUUAAUGAUUUUCCAAAGUGGAAUGCCAGAAUUCCAAAUAUUGCUAAAAAUAUAAGUUAAAUAAAACUAUUUACAACAAAGUUCAUACUUAAUAGUCAUUCCUGUAAAUGUAUGCAAUGGUUAAACUCAGCAUAGAUAAAUAUUUUAAAUAGCUUAAAUAAUAUAUACAAAAUAUUCUUUUAAGCGAUAACAAUAGUAGAAGUGGAAGUAAGAAAAUUACGUUAACAAACAACAAUUACUUAUAAUUAUAUAUGAAAGCUUCAGGGCGUUUAUCCAGUAAGUUAAAAAAUAGCUAAAUGCUAACUUAACGGUAAAAUAUCAAAUAGUGUGCUGAACACAUCGCUUUUGCGAAGCGUCCUUUGGAUCUUUACUAACACUAAAAAAAUUGUAAACUCCCGGAGAUUGCUAGUAGUGUGCACGGAAUUUAAUUACUGGGUUUAUUUCCUCAAAAGAUUUUGUAAUUUUACUAGUUUCCUGAAAACUUUGCGAUGCAAAUAUUUGCCACUUUCAAAUCCCACGAGCCGGACAGCCGCUUGAUCCAAAACUUCAAAAAGCACGUGAAUUCGCAGUCGCCACUUGACGAUUUGCGAAAAAAUCUAAAUGAAAAAAGUAAAAUUCGAGAAUAUGUACAAGAGCUGAUUGGAAAUGAGCAACAAAUGGGAUCCGUGCUGGACACGAUCUCUUCCACCGAAGAGGACCACCGCGUGGCCACUGUGACCGGAUGGUCCACGGUGAACAUCGCCAACUGCGCCGGCGUUUCCAAUUCUUCAAUUUUUGUGGCACUGAAGUGGGUGAUGAUGCCCAUUAAGGUGGAGAUAUUCAACUUCAAGCGAAGUGGACCGGAAGAUAAUAUGGCACGUGGACAAUUUCUGUUGGACAACCUGUUAAGCGCAAAUCGCCUAAAACGCUUGCAAGAGGAAGUAGCAGUUAUUAACACGUGCCAGAAAAUCGAGGUGCGUGUCACACCCGGUCUGCCCAAAUCGAUGAUGUGUGCCCAGAUAACAGACGAAUUUACAACUGCCAUUCAGGAGGCCCUUAGAUCACGCUAUGAGGUGGAUUCACGCACCUUAGAUCUCUCCAGGUUCCACGCCAGUCCGGAGUUGUCUCUGCACUUUUGUCCGCUGCAUAUGGUCAAGCUGCUAGAAACAGUGCUAGUUCUUUCAAACCAUUUAUUUCCCCAUGUGACCAGCCUAGUACUGAGCAACAAUUAUUUGUGUUCCCUGAAAGCGUUUGCGGGAAAUUCCCAAAGUUUUGCCAGCCUAGAGCGGUUGGACAUAAGCGCAAACAGGAUUCAAGAUUUGGGAGAACUCAAUUACAUCAACAAACUGAGUUGCAAGACGAUCUUCUUGGCAGGAAACGGUUUGGCCAAGCUAAGCGUGGACGUCAUUCGAAAAAUGCUACCACAGUUGAAAAAUGUUCAUGGCUGUGUGCAGUUGGGGGAAAGUACAGAAGCUGUUGAUAAUAUUCCGAAGUCUCAACAACUUCAAGGCGGUGGGACUAAUGGUUUAAAGUUUUGCCAGGACUUCAUAAGUUCAUACUACACUUUCUUUGACGAUACCGAAGAGCGUUUCAAACUUAAGAAGUAUUACGACGACCAAGCCAUGUUCUCGCUUAGCGUGCCGGUACAACUAAAUUAUGUCUACGGCUACAAGCUGUACAACAGAAACCAGAAGCGCCAGCAUUCCUCGUUUGCACAAAACGCCAAGCUGCAAGUGGGUAGAGCUGCGCUACUUCUCGCUUUAAGCCGCUUGCCUUUGAUGCAUACAGACUUAGAGAAUGUCGGGCUAGACAUCCAGGUGUUCACUUCGAGUCUACGCAUCUUUACGUUGACGGGAUACUUUAAGGAGAUAUCAUCGGAUACUCUGGAACCACGACGCUUUCAGCGCACAUUCGUAUUGCAGACUUCCAAUAGCCCCGGCUGGUUGAUAACCAACGACAUGCUGUGCAUAACUUCGACUAUGCCGGACCCGAAAAAAACCAUUAAAUUUAAACCAGAAACUAAUAUGAUAAAUACCGACCCGUCGGUAGAAAAAAUAAAUAAACCUGCAGUGACAGUUUUAGACAGAAAGUCUAAAGAGGAUGUCCAAAUUUCUAGACCCCUAUCAGGAAAAGAGCUGAAUCCUCUUAAUAAGGCAGUGCAGAAAAUGAGCCUUUCCCAGGUGGACCAUCUUCCCAGUGAGAACUUCAACGAUAUGCCACCAUUAGUAGCCAUUGGUCCAUUGACUACCGGGCAAAAUUGUUUGGACUAUGAAAUGGAGGAUAUUUUAGUGGCCGAUGAGAAUAACUUUGACUUGGACAUUGAUGAUGACAUCCUGUUUGGAUGCGAUGACCUUUAAAUAUGAACAAAAAAAAUUAAACAAUUCAAACAAAUAGCUUUUAGAAACCUUGCACCUAUCGGUUAAGACACCAUACAUUACUAUUCAUUACUUUAACGAGUGCAGAACUCAAGGAUCUAAUUUAUUUUUAAACUUUUAUAUUUUACGAAAGCCUUCAAAAACAAUUCGAAAACCUUUACUCGCCCAAAGCGUCGGAAUCUGGAUUUCAGCCAAAAUGGAGCGGGAAAUGACAGCGGUGUUGGAACCGGGUCGGUCGCGGGUGCCCCAGCAAUGCUUCAGCUGGAAAUUGGCGGUCUUGUCACGACGAAUAUGCACAAAUCCUUCCUGCAAGACACCUCACCGCCGUCUUCCAUCUGCUCCUCCAUGAACACUGAACGGAUGAACAACUCGCUAAUCACCUCAGCAGACUUUACGAACUUGAACUUCCUUCAAUCCACAAUUGGUCUUGAGCAGGAUCCAAACCUUACCACUACGCUUACCAACCAGACAACUGAUAACAUGGGAAUCGGCGGCAGCAUAGGCGGAUAUACGCUCAGUGACAUGAUCCGGGAUCGCAAGGCGCUGGAGUCGCUGACCAUGUGUGAGGACGAUGGGACUCUUAUCAAAGACUCGCACAUCGGGCAAAUUGACGAAAUAUCGUUGACACUGAGCAAAACUGCUUCCGGCUGCAGCACAAUGGACAACAGCACAGACAGUAUGUCCAUUCCCCUGGCCGCAGAUCGAACGAUGCCCGUUGUGGUAUCGGCAGUUUGUCCUGCCCUACAGCGUACCAUGAUUUUAGGGGAGGAGAUGAUCGGCGACACAACUUUUAACCUCGUGGAUAGCCUUACAACUUCUGCGCUGCAAUCAGAGUCUGAGUCUCUGCCAGUCGAUGGAAAUGCGACAUUCAAAAGACCCACUGCGAGUGCUACUACAGCGGACGAAACCCAGGUGCUAACAGGUAGGCAGAUGAAUACUACCUUCACCGACGGUUGCAACACUCCUGAGGGCCGCUGUGAAACGCCUGAAAAUAUUGACAGGAAGCUGGCCUUGCUCACCAUGGAAUCCUCCACACCACUUACAACAAACAUGCGCUCACACUGCUACCACAAUAACAACAAUAAUAACAAGGCAGGAUAUACCCCUACCCUAAAGGGAAGGGGAGAUAUGAACCUGUCCCCAAUUGUUGGCGCAACACCGCAAAAACCAACUGGAACCGCACCAGGGCGAUUAAACAACACCUUUGAGCCCGUGGCAAAAACAGCUCCGUUCAACGGCGAGAAGUUCGUGCUGGACACUAUGGAGCUCUUGGAGCAGAUCGAACAGCCGCUGGAUGGCACUUACAACCUGCAAAUGUCUGAACAGCACAGGCAGAUGCAAUGCGUCAUGGACUUGGCUGAGGCGGAAGUGGAGAUGCUGGCCCAGCAGGGCGACGAAGAGCAAUUCGAGAAUAUGCUUGCCGAGCUGGGCAAGGUGAAUACCCUAAACGAGGAGCAACUGAAGAUGCAAAAGUCGCUAGAUACCAUCAAACGGCGCUUCCAUAGAGAUGAGGCGGAGGCAGAGGAGCGUGAAGAGGAAUUGCAGCAGUCGGCAGCCGAAAAGGUGGACACCCCAGUUCUAAAUCAGAGCCACUCCAGCAGCAACAGCAGCGGCGGUGGUGGCGAACGGCUGCUCAGUCGCCGAAGUCGUCUCUACGACGAUGUCAACCUUAGUGCAAUGCACGGCAGUAAUGGAAGUUCGACCAGCACCAACUCUGCCUCAUUCAUCGUCCAGCGUAGAGAUAUGCCACAAGUGGAGCAGCCUGCACCAGAUCCUGAUCCCGAACCAGCGGAAGAGCCUCCAAAGUCCCAGGUGACAGCAGAGAUUGAUCCGGCAAGCUAUAAGCUGCCGGAGCGAAGAGAGCGGGAUCGCGAUCGCUUCAAGACCAUUAAGAUUUCGAAAGAAAUGCGACUGCAGCCGGAAAUUAUUGUGCCUUGUAUAGACGAUGAACCACAGCAACUCGAGGACGAGCAAAAGCAAUUAGUAGAAGAUGUUCGGUACGAGGAGGAUCAGCGACAGGGUUCACCACCGGGUCGACUUUCUCGUCGAGAUCAGACCACAGCAAUUAGCAACAACGCAGAUGCUAGUGCGAGUAACUAUCUGACCUACAAAAAACCCAAGGAAAAGAGCCUUAUCCAACGACGUCCGCAGCAGCAGGAAGCGCCUUUAUUAGCCGAGCCAGCGCCUGCGUCGACUCUUCCCCAGCCGCGUUCCUUGUCCAGGCCUCGCUACAUCAGUGGUCUUCAGAAGUUUACUACGGUGAGCAAGGCAACUUCAGCCGGAGCGGGACUAAACGCCACUCCAGCCGCUGCUAUGCCGACUACUGUUACAGUGCCGGCCAACGGUAACGGGGAGCUGAAGAGCCCUAUGGGUAUUAAAUCCAAAUCUUUCCACAACUUGUCCUCCACAAUGAGCGGCGUUGGCUCUGGAGCCCUGCCAAGACCUAGUUUGGGCGGUGGACUGCGGCGUCCCAGUGCGCAGCCGAGCAAGCUUAUGAGCGGAUUGCGUGGACCAACUCAAGCCCAAGAGGAUGACUCCGCUGUAUUUAAAGUACCGAAAUUGGUGAGUGGGCUGCGUGCUCCUGGCCUUGCCCCGAAACGAGCAGGAGCUAAUGGUUUAGCUCGACCUUCGUCCGGAUAUUACAGUCUGAGUGUUAAGACGGCACCAGAGGCAGACACUCCUGAGAGCCUCUCCUCAGCCUCUUCGCGUGGCAGCCUCUAUGGCCACAAGGACUCCGGUAGAACCGUUAACGGCGGAAAUGUUCCUCAACAGAAUCCACAGCAAACCUUCGACAUGCAGGCGCUUACCUCUAAGCUGACCCAGGUGACUACGGGAGCGACCGGCAUACCAAAGCCCUCGGGGUUGAGACCACCAUCGCAAAUAAAGCGUAGCGGUCUGCCGCGACCUUCCAGCAUUGUUAGGCGCUGAGAGCUGAUCACUUCCUCCGCCGCCGAUUGUAUGCAUAUGUCACACACCCGCCUGAACCGACUUUCCAUGUUAUCAGUAAAAUAGUCUAAAUCUAUUCUUUUUGUACUUUGUGUUCAGUUCUAUUUUUGUGUUUGUCAUCCCAGCAUAGAUGCUCAUCUUGCCUAGUGGUUUCAAGGCACUAGCAACUAUGAUUUUGAAUUAAUAUUACGACAAAUUGUGCAUUUAGUUGAACGAUACAUAAAUAGAGAACUUGGCGACUUGUAAAACAAUUACGCACUCCCAGAACCGCUUACAUUUAUAUAUAGAACAAAUACAUCAACACGAACUUUGCCUUACGAACCAUAAUAAUAAAACAAACGAUUUAGGGGAUGAGAAAGAGAAGAUUGAAGCGAGAAAUAAUAACGAUAAUGAAUUGAUAAUAACUGUAUAUUUUUGUAAAGCGAUGCAAAAAUUCUACGAACGUUAUUUUUUGUUGGAGCGGCAAAGCAAGCAAGCAAAUCGAAUAAAUAUUACUAAAUAACGAAUAUACAAUAAGAUCCUGCUCAGUGGCCACUAAACCACAAAAAAAAAGGAACGUAUAAAACCAAACUGAAAUUGAUAGUAACUGAUAAGAGUAUUGAGAAACGUGUUAAAAAUCGAACUUACAAUAUUAUCUAUUAUUAUCGCAUAUAUAUACAAAUACAAAAAAGAAAAAAAACGACAGCAAUAUACAUUGACUCAUCAGAUACUUAGACCAGAAGGUUAAUGACCUGUUUAUAUUUUGCUAUUGCUAGUUCUGAAACGAAAAUGAUCAUACUUGUAAUUUCAUGAGGUGCACAGUAUAUUACAAUUCCCUUUGUACCCCAAUGAAAAUUAUAAACUUCGGCUCUGCUGAUGUGCUAUAUACAUACAUAUUAUAUAGAUUUUUGUAAACCAUCUGAAAAAUUAAGUUUUCAGUUAUUUUCGGUUGCCAAAUUGAAAAGUGAAACUAAACUUUUGUUAGUUACCAUCGAAAAAUGUCUUAAUAAAUCUAUGCCGUAUUGGUCAAAAAUAAAAUUCCUAAAGAUCUUCAAUCUAUUGAAGCCUUUGUCCAUCACACAUGCAUAUCCUAAGUUAAGUUUAGUGCGCAUUGUUUAACCCUAAUGUAGAAUUAGUUUAAUCUGUAAGGGACAAGUAUUGUUUCACCCUCAUCAACUAACCAAUAACCACAUAACUAACCCAAACCAAGCCUCUAUUUUGUAUUCUAGCGCUAACCCAUUAAGCUUUAAUCCUAUUCGGUGAUGAUUUGCAUGGAUCGAAUUUAGUUAGCUACUAAGACUAGUAUGGAUUAUUAUUUUUGCUAACGCUUUCAUAUGAGCCUUAUAAUGCAUUGGGUCAGAUCCGUGUGGUUUUCCCAGUAUCAAGUUAAGAAUGAAACCGUUCCAG